GUUUGAUUGCCACUCUCGGCAGUGUUUGUCGUAAAAAUAAUGCGCGCUUUUGUUUAUUUCAAAAUAAAAACCAUUUUUGCCUUUCCCACCACUAAAAGAACGCAUUUGUGAUAAAGCUCCGAAGCAAAUAAUCAGCGGAGGCAAUUUAAUAUUGAAUAUAAAUCAAGAAGUUUGCUGGUGUUUCGCGAGUCGCAGUAAACCACAACAACAACAACAACAACCGAAACCUGCCUCACAGUACACACUCACACCACUACGCACUUCUAGAUACAUUUGUAUCUGAAGCGAUAACGUCACCGGUUCCCCCAAGUACAGUAUUAAAGUUAAUCCAAAAAGUGCUCGAAUCUUUCGUUUCCUCCGCUCUAUCCCGCAAAAUUAUUAUACAUCAGCAUAAAUUAUAAAUAAUAAUAAUAACAACAACAACUGAGGCCAAGGCUGACGUCCGAGAGCUUUGUGGAGGAGCCGUCAACAUUUGUGGUGCUGCCAACGCUGCCGCCACUGCCGCCGCUGUUGCCGCCGUUGCCGUUACAUCUCAGUUGUCGCAUAAAACCAAACAGAGAGCGACAAACCGAAACAGAAACUGAACAGCAAUUUACAUAGUUAUACAACGCAGCGCGUGCCUCGAGUGCAAAAAAUAGAAAUUAUACCAAAAACCCCACCGAAUCCCAUUCCGAAGCUCCCACUACUGCUACCAAUUCCAAAUUGUCCAAAAUGAAGCGCUUGAUGACCUGGGAGCGCGAUCUUGUGGAUGCCAUGUACGAGUACCGGCAGACACGCUUCAGUUCGCGGCGUGUGCGAAAACGUGUGGUCUUCAAGCACGGCGAGUGCAACGUUGUGCAGGGCAAUGUGGCCAAGAGGCGGCGACGAUAUCUACAGGAUAUCUUCACGACGCUGGUGGAUGCCCAGUGGCGCUGGACGCUGCUUGUGUUCGCCGCCAGUUUCGUCAUCUCCUGGGCCUUCUUCGGCUUCAUCUGGUGGAUCAUUGCCUACGCCCACAACGACCUGGAGUACAUCCUCCUGGAGGACAAAUCCCCCGAUCUGGUGGCCAACAUGACGCACACAGUCUGCGUCACUAAGGUGAAAAGCAUGAUGACGGCCUUCCUCUACUCCGUCGAAACCCAGACGACGAUAGGUUAUGGAAACCGCUAUGUGACGGAGGAGUGUCCGGAGGCGAUCUUCACCAUGUGCAUCCAGUGCAUUACGGGCGUGUUUAUCCAGGCCUUCAUGGUGGGCAUUGUGUUUGCCAAGCUGUCGCGUCCCAAGAAGCGAGCCCAGACACUGCUCUUCUCGAGGAAUGCUGUCAUCUGCCACCGGGAUGGUGUGCCGUGUCUGAUGUUCCGAGUGGGCGACAUGCGAAAGUCCCACAUCAUAGAGGCCCAUGUGCGGGCCCAGAUCAUCCGCAAGAAGGUGACAAAAGAGGGCGAGGUGCUGCCCUUUUAUCAGCAGGAGCUGCACGUCGGUGCUGAUGGUGGCGAGGAUCGAUUGAUGUUCAUAUGGCCCACCACCAUAGUCCACAAAAUCGAUCGAAACAGUCCGCUGUACAUGCUCUCCGCCUCCGACAUGCUUAAGGAACGCUUCGAAGUGGUGGUUAUGCUGGAGGGUGUCAUUGAAUCCACCGGCAUGACCACACAGGCCAGGAGCAGCUAUUUGCCAUCAGAGGUGCUGUGGGGUCAUCGCUUCGUCAACGUGGUGUCCUUCCGCAAGGAGACUGGCGAGUACGAGGUGGACUACACGCUCUUCAACAACACCUACGACGUGGACACACCAUUGUGCAGUGCCAAGCAGCUGGACGAGCUGAAGUCCGAGUACAGCAAGAGCGCCAAGAGCUGUGUCGGUCUGGGGGUAACUGCUCCAUUUGCGGAUCGCACGCUCUCGGCCAGCCUGUUCCAGCGCAUCGCCUCCGCCGCCUCUGUGGAUCACCUAGAUCCCGCCAGCGACGAGUCGCUCGACUCCGGCCGACUGCAAAUACGCUCCCAUUCCAUACCCAACGGCGUGUUGGCCAGCGAGCUGGAGCCGCUAAACAACAACAAACACGGCGCCUCGUUCACCAUGGGCGGUCUGACCAUCACGACGACGGCGCCCAGCAUACCCAACCUGUCCAGUAUUAAUGAGAAGACCAACUCCGGUCAUUCCAUAAACAGUAGCAGCAAUAACAGUCAAAACAACAGCCUCAGCGCGCUGAAUAUGGGAGGAGGAGGCGGUAGCCAAGCCAGCGGUCCCGGUGGUGGAGCCACCAUUGUCGCCGGCCUGGGUAACGGAGGUGGCCGACACAAGCAGUCGAAUCCCCGCCGGCUGAGCAUCAAGCAGGACCAGCUGCCCAUCGAUUCCAUUUGUUGAUAUUAUUAAUUGCGUGGAGAGCAAGUGCAGGAGUUGGAGCCCUCAAGUCCCUCGCCUCCCUGGCCACACCAAUUAACUGAAGUUGUAUUCUAGUUAAGCGUUAAGGCUCCUAUAUUGUAGUUCUAACUCAAAAAUAAGCUAAGCGAGAUUCCAUGGAGCUCAUCUGUCAUAGCCCUAGUGCUGCUGCAGCUGUGAAACCUCCCAAGAUUCCCAACACUUCCUGUUGAUGCUGAAGUGGAGGCAAUCGGAUUGUUGUCCACCAAACCCCUACCCAACCCCCAAGCCCCAAUUAAGCGAUUGUAUAUGCAUAGGCUAAGCUGAUCAAUGAUUGAAUUCACGUUGUUAGCUUUACUUGUAUUGAAUUUACUAUAGUUAAGUUACGAAUUGAUAUUACCGCAAAAGUAAGAUGUGAGACAUGUAGAAACCAAAAUGCUGCAACUUCCUCGUAAGCUUAGACCUCCUAGAGAAAUGUUAAUAUAGAUCAAAGAUUAUAAAAUAUUCAAAAAUUAUGCGACGAAGACGCAACGGAAUUGUGAAUUCCCUUUUACCGAUAAUAAUUGCGAAAAGAUGAGGGAACUUUUACACAAUAAUACCCACUGUUUCUAAAACACGAGCUUCAAUUAUAAAAAUGAGUGGACAAUAAGAUUGUAUGAGUAUGAAUGUAUAUUAUUUGUAAGUAAGAUCGAAAGACGGAGAUUUACCUAAAGAUGAAAAGAAAACUAAAA